AGCCGGCGUGUGUGAGGAACCAGAAGACCUGCAUCACAGGACAAUACUACUUUUCAAGACCAACUUCUCAGGUGAGGCGUUCCAAGAUGAUGAAGCUGCUCCAGCUGGUGGCGCUGUGUGCCCUGCUCUGCGUCUGCGCCUGCUACGAUUCUCAUGAGAGCUCAGAGUCGAUGGAAGACGUGUUCGUGACUCCAAACCGAGCCAACUCCUUCAUCCGGCCGCGGCCUGCGACCCCCCUGACCCCCACCAGAGGCCACGCGUUCAACUACUACAACUUCGUGAGGAAGAUCAAGUCUCCGGCCGAGCGCCGCGCCGAGACCUGCGAGGACUUCUCGCCCUGCCGCUUCUACGCCUACCGCUUCGGGUACCAGCAGGCCUACCAGAGAUUCUUCGCAGCCCGGAACCCUCCGCAGAGAGUGACCCUCGCCCGCCGGUACUGAGCCCUCGCCAGCGGCUCCGCCAACGCCUUACAACCCGUGUAACCUUCCUGCUUCCACCUUCCACUCCUGAACCAUUUUCUACUGUUGUUUCACAGCUGUCUCUUAAAUAAACCUUUGUUUUACUUAG